UGAAGGGUAAACAACAGAGCUACACAACUGCCUUGUUAGAGAUUAAUUUGUAGACAUUCAAGCUGAAUAAUGAUGGCAACUUUACCUCCACGCAAAAAUCCAACUCCAACUAAAAUAUUACGACAACAUUUAACACCUCUUCAGAUCCUCUUACAGAUGGGAUUUCCUAAACACAGAGCGGAAAAGGCUCUAGCAGCAACUGGUCAUCGAGGUAUUCAGCUUGCAUCUGACUGGUUACUUGCUCAUGUUAACGACACAACCUUAGACCUAGAUUGCCCUCGAGAAUAUGUGGUAUACCUGUGUCCUACGGGUCCUCUACAAGAGCAGAUACAGAAUUUCUGGGAGGAAUCUCUCCAAAAAUGCGGUUGGAAUGGUGCUCAUAAUUUGGUGCCACACAUCACCCUCUGCUCAUUUUUUAAAUCUGGUGAUGAAAACUGUGAGGCUCUUGUGGCAGCACUGAAGGACGUUGUACAUAGCAUUAUGCCCUCCCUUCCCACCAGCCUUACACUUGAUAAAUAUAUAUCACCAAACUACAUGGGGCUGUUUUUAAAUGACCAGCAAGCUGACAUUCUCAAGAAACUUGCUGUUACAUAUGUCAAGGAAGUAGCACAUAUGUUUGAAGCUGGGUGUUACGACAAACUGGAGGUGAUGGCAGCAUGUCUGCCAUGGUGCACAGGGACUACUUUGGCUCAAGAAUACUGCACAACUGGGGAAGCAGCAACCAAAGCCUUGCACUUAACUUUAGCCUACCAGUUUCCACCGUCACACUUCUCUUGCCUUGAAUCUCUGGUGGACCUGGUGGAGCCAAGAGCACCGUCUGUGUGGGAGGUCCGACUCUACUCUAGGGACACGCGAAUUAUUGGAAAUGAGGUACACAAGGUGUUGUAUUCACACGUCCCACGAGAUCCUGAUGAGCUGGAACUAUUAAUUGGAGAUUUUGUGUAUGUUAAAGGCGAUAGUCUUGCAUCCUCACCUGACGGAUGGAUAGAAGGGACAUCGUGGCUCACAGGUUCCACAGGAUUUUUGCAUAAUUAUAUAGAACGCACAGCUGAAUCAGAUUCUUGGACAUUGCAUAGAGCCAUUCCAGUCAUAGGCAGUACCGGUCGAGAAGGACUUGAAACUGCAUCUUUCCCGCGCCGUCCACCAAUCUCCUUGUCAUUGUUGAACCUUUUAGAAAAUAGCGAGGGCUCGAGGCGCUCAACUGAGGUACUAUCCGAAUCAUCGUCUAUAGAUCGACUACACUCUCGUCAAGCGUCCUUAGAGGUGGCACAUUCACCUCCUCUGCCUCAGCAAGAGGCAUUAGAUGUACUUUAUGCAAAGGUUAAGAAGCCAAAAAAGGAAGGACCUCUCUACAAAUUCCCUAUUGAGGGACCACGCAAAAUUAUUAUUGCCAGACAUGGAGAGAGAGUUGAUUUCACUUUUGGUGACUGGAUUCGCUUUUGCUUUGAUGAGAUAGGAAACUAUCAGCGACGUGACCUUAACAUGCCUGAAACGCUACCUCAUCGGAAAGGUGCACCACAUAGUUUCUAUAAGGAUUGCCCUCUCACAAACAUUGGUCUACUACAAGCAACACUUGUAGGACAAGCCAUGAAAGCCAAUGAAACGGAGGUGCAUCACGUUUUCUGCUCCCCUUCUUUACGCUGUGUUCAAACAUGUUCUAAUAUUCUUAAAGGCAUUGGUGUUGCUGAAGCUAUGCCAAUUAACAUCGAACCUGGUCUCUUUGAGUGGCUGGCAUGGUACCAUGAUGGAAUGCCUGUAUGGAUGACUCUCGACGAACUAACAGACGCAGGGUUUAACAUCAACCACAAUUACGACCCUCUGAUCCGGAAAGAGGAAUUAAAAGACACACAUGAGAGCUGUGAGCAGUAUUAUGGCAGAAACACCUACGUUACACAGAGUAUCAUUAAUACAACACAGUCGCAAGGUGGGACAGUGCUGCUAGUAGGCCAUGCUGCUACACUAGACACAUGCACAAGACAACUAGUCGGAGGAACACCUAGAUCAGCACAUGAGAUGACUACUAUCAUUAAGAAGAUUCCCUACUGCUCAUUUGCUUUUGCUACUCAAGAAAGUAAGGGGAGUUGGUGCUUGAAGGAGCCGCCCUUCCCGCCUGCCACCCACUCCGCCAAUAUGCGAUAUGAUUGGAGGAUCCUCGUUCCAUAGCUGUCUCCGUCCCUAUUCCCCCCAGUGUGAAGUGUCGUGUGCCCAGAAAUAUCAGACAUUUAUUCCUACGUGUUAAUGAGAUACAUGUGUUGUGAAUGAGGUUUUGUGUAGAUAAGUGAAUGUUGGACUACACAGGUGCUCCUCGACUUACAAUGGGAUUCUGACAAACCCAUUGUAAGUUGAAAAUAUCAUAAGUCAAAUAUGAAUAUGAUAUGCUAAAUAAAAAAGUAAAUACAUGUAGAUAAAUGCUAUCACUGAGUAAGUAAAUAAACAAAUAAGUACAGUAACUUAAUACCAGUAUCGAAAAGUAAAUAAAUAAAUACAAUUUACAGACUUGGCACCUUCGUGCUGGGUAAUUAUCUCAAGUUUCACCUCCAUAGUAAUUGCUUUUGCACCAUUGUAAAGUCAAAAUGUCAUUAGUCAAGUCAUCAUAAGUCGAGGAGGACCUGUACUAUAGAAUUUUGUUACCAGUAUGUGACAUAAAUUGCCUAAAAUACUGUAUGCAGAAUACUAGAGUGGUUAUGUAAUGUGGGAAUUUUCUAUAUAGCUUCUGGCACUACAUGACAGACAAUAUAUCAAGUAAAUUAAUUUUUUUGGAGCCAGUGAUUUGUGACGUAAUUUGUCUUGGCAUAUUAAUAAAGGCAUUUUGUGAAUUACCACGUAAAGACCAAGUUGCUAGUGAUGUACUCGUUACUGCAACAAUACACCAUCGCAUGUUGCAGCAUCUUCACUGUUAUUGUUGUUUGGAUGCUUUUCAAUGGCAUUUAAAGAGUGUUUUGAAAAAUUACACUCACAAACACUUCAUCGAAAUAUUGCCACUGAUUCUUUAUUACAAAACUCUACGUACUGGUUUCAAAACAUAACCCCAUUGUUUCACUUUUUAUUACAAAACUCUACAUACUGGUUUCAAAACAUAACUCAUUGUCAGAAUGAAAAAUAUUCUAAUCUUAAAUUCAUGUAACUGAAUUUAAGUAUCUUGCUCUUGUAUCCAUACAGAGUUCAAGCUGCCGUAUUUUUAUUUACCUGGUAACUAGUUAAUUGGUGGCUUCAGUACGUAUUUCAUGUAUCUUCCUCGUUACUUUAUUUCUUUCUUUUUAUAGGCCUACUGCGCUGUUAAAUGUUCUUAGUUUACAUUGUAAAAAAGGACAACUUGUACACUUAUUUGAGGACAACUUAUCUGAACUAACAUAUACAAAAAAGGUACAGUAAACCCCUUGAUUUAACGAACUUCAAUUUAGCAGACUUCAAAAAUUACAAGAUUAAAUCCAUUGGGGUCGACUGAUUCAAUCACAACGGACAGAGUCUGUUGGUCAUAGGACGGUCUACUAUUGUUAUAAUCACAACAAAACAAUCUCAUCACUACCACCGCAGUUGCCACUAACAACCACCAGGGUUUACAUAUUAUUUAUACGAGGCUAUUAACCCCUUCUGUAUCAAUUACUAAAUGUAAAAUGAAAACAAGCUUGACAGUUUUCUUCUUUUUCGGGUCACCCGGCCUCGGCGGAUGACAGCCAGUGAGUUGAAAAAUAAAUAAAAUGAGGCGCUGAACCCACAUGGAUCAUUCAGCUUAAGAAAUGAUGGAGGCUCGAUCCUCUGUCUGCCAACAAUGAGAACAUUUCAAAAAUUGUUCCGAGCUAGUGGCUAUUAUUUUGCAGCACGAAGCUAUAAAACUGGCUAGGCCAAAUGUUUAAGAAUUAUUAUUAUUAUUAUUAUUAUUAUAUUGUAUUAUUAAUUAUUAUUGUUAUUAUUAUUAUUAUUAUUAUUAUUAUUAUUCUCACAAAAAUGUGUUGGAGCAAUGUGGGUCUUUCAACAAGAAACGUUUGAGGAAGAUUUUCCAUGCAUUACCCUGUUUUUUAUGUACUUUUAUAAAGGUAACAUGAUAUACAUAGAUAAUAUAUUUUUAUAAAUCUAGUUGCUUUAAUCUUUGAAAGUUGUGUAUUUCUUUAUAUAGGUUAAUGGAACACUUAAAGCGUGAUUACGGAAAUGUGAACCUCCGAACCUUUCAUUUGUGUGUUAUGAUAAGUGUUAGGCUAAAUUUAAUAUAAUAUAAAGGUUCUUAACCCUGUGAUUUGAUUUUAAUUUACGUAAUAGGGAAUUCUACUUACAGGCAUAUCUCGCUAAUACAUCACUUAGGUUCUGGAGAACCCAAUUAUUUAUUAACCCUUAAACUGUCCAAACAGAUUUACGUUCACAUGCGUAGUGCUCCAAAAGUAGAUCUUCUUUUUUUUUUACGUAUUUUCAAAUAUAACACAAAAAAAAAAGUAGAUCAAGUUUUUUUACACGUUUUCAAAUGAAAAAAAAAAUCAACAUUUUUUCACGUACUUUCAAAUGUUGAAAAAACGUAGAUCUACGUUUGGACAGUUUAAGGAUUAAAUGGUAGAAGGUUAACCUUUUAUUGAGCAGGCCACUAUUUAUUGGCCUCCUCAGGCAGGCCAAUAAAUAUACAGUGGACCCCCGGUUAACGAACUUUUUUCAUUCCAGAAGUAUGUUCAGGUGCCAGUACUGACCGAAUUUGUUCCCAUAAGGAAUAUUGUGAAGUAGAUUAGUCCAUUUCAGACCCCCAAACAUACACGUACAAACGCACUUACAUAAAUACACUUACAUAACUGGUCGCAUUUGGAGGUGAUCGUUAAGCGGGGGUCCACUGUAUUGGUCUGCUCGGUUGAGUUAAUUAAACGAGCAAUAGCGCUAGACCUAGAAAACUAUGCUGGAUUUGGCUUGUAGUCUGCUGAUGUGCGCAUCACCGCUGCAACCCAUCUUAACCCUUAAACGGUCCAAACGUAUAUAUACGUUUUUUCAACAUCUGAAAGUAUGUAAAAAAAUGUAGAUCUUUUUUGUUUUACGUUUGAAAAUGUGUAAAAAACUUUUAUCUACAUUUUAUUUUUAAAAAAAAGUAGAUCUACUUUUGUAGCUACGAAUUUGAACGUUGAUUUGUUUGGACCGUUUAAGGGUUAAGAGUAAGGCAAGUGCCAAUAUUAAUAAACAUGAUACGUAAUUGAAAAGCACUGUAUUAGCCAAACACUCUAAAAUGAAGCGCUUUAAAGCGAGGUAUGCCUACUGUAACUCUUUCUUAAUAAGUACAACUUGAUACUAAAUAAGCUUAUGCUUAGACUUCUCUCUCUCUAUUCUCAAAAUUCAAUGGUUCUCUAAAAAUUAUGAAAUAUAUAAGAAUCUGACUGAGGCUACAGUACUGUGUAAUAUUGUAUUAUAUUUCUAUAAUUGUUUGAGAUGUUUAUAUUAUGAAUUAUUGUAUUACAUUACUGUAUUCUUUAUGUAACUUUUGCGAGAGAGAAACUCGCAGUACUGUACCACUGAAUGUGAUUGGCUAAGUUUUCAUCUUUUUAAAUGAUCAAUGUGUGUGUGUGCGCACGUGCGUAUGCAUGUGCAUGUACUCACCUAAUUGUGGUUGCAGGGGUCGAGUCACAGCUCCUGGCACUGGGGUGUGUGUGGUGUGUGUGUGUGUAGUGUGUGUGUAGAGUGUGUGUAGAGUGUGUGUUGAGUAUGUGUAGAGUGUGUGUAGAGUGUGUGUGGUGUGUGUGUGUAGUGUGUGUGUAGAGUGUGUGUAGAGUGUGUGUGGUGUGUGUGUGUAGUGUGUGUGUAGAGUGUGUGUAGAGUGUGUGUAGAGU